GUGAUAAAGGGGAGCGGUGUCUCGCUGGAGAGCCUUGAUUUCUUCGGGCGUGAGGAGGAAGCCCCCCUGGGGUCUGCUGAAGAGGGCGAGGGGCUUGCGGGAGAGCAGCAGGAGGAUGAUGAAGCAGGGAAAAACAGCGGAGAGAUGGCAGGAAAGAGAAAGAGAAACGUGGAAAGCGGUGAAGGGAAAAGGAAAAAGAAAAAGACACGAGAAGCAGCAUCAAUGCCAGAGUUGUCAGAAAGUAAUGGAAUAAGGUGGAUGUCUUCUCUGGAAGCAAAAUUUGAAGAUGCAAAAGACAAAAAACCUACUGCAGAGAAACUUGAACGCUUGAGAAGAGAAAAGAUAAACCGCUUCAGAAAUAAACACAGGAUUAAUGUUCAAGGAACAGAUCUUCCUGACCCAGUUGCCACAUUUGACCAACUUCAAAAAGAAUACAAAAUUCACCCUAAAAUCAUGGAGAAUAUUCAAGCUGCUGGCUUCCAAGUCCCAACACCGAUCCAGAUGCAGGCUAUUCCCGUCAUGCUUCAUGGUCGAGAACUUUUAGCUUCAGCUCCUACUGGGUCUGGAAAAACACUGGCAUUUUGUAUUCCUCUCUUGACACAUCUGAAACAACCGAGGAACAAAGGAUUCAGAGCUCUGAUCAUAUCACCCACCCGAGAACUUGCUAGCCAGACGCAUCGCGAGCUGGUGAAGUUGGCUGAGGGGACUGGCUUCAGGAUACACAUGAUCCACAAGGCAGCUGCAGCAGCAAAGAAGUUUGGCCCCAAGUCUUCUAAGAAAUUUGAUGUACUAGUUACUACUCCAAACAGACUCAUUUAUCUGCUGAAACAAGAUCCUCCAGCAAUUGACUUGACCAGUGUGGAGUGGCUGGUGGUGGAUGAAUCAGACAAACUGUUUGAAGAGGGGAAGACAGGGUUCCGAGACCAGCUGGCCUACAUCUUCCUGGCAUGCACGUCCCACCUGGUGAGAAGAGCCUUGUUCAGCGCAACCUUUGCACAUGAUGUGGAGGAGUGGUGUAAGCUCAACCUCGACAGUGUUGUUCUGGUGUCCGUCGGAGCAAGGUAG